AUGUGGCAAUUUAUGUCGAAAUACGAUGACGUGUUUGUUCAUAAUACAAAGGAGGGCAUUGCGAGGGUGCUUAAAGGCGACUAUGUCUUCAUUAUGGAAUCCUCAUGGAAUGAAUACUAUAAUAAACGCGAUUGUCGACUCAUGCAGAUUGGUCGUCUUCUAGAUACAAAGGGCUACGGCAUUGGCCUUCAACAGGGUUCACCAUAUCGUGAUCCGAUUUCAGAAUCAAUAUUAAAACUUCAGAAAGCACAGACCUUGGACCAAUUAAAAAGAAAGUGGUGGACGGAGUUCAACAUCUCAGAACCAUGUACCAAUGCCAAAGACAGCAGUAAAGAGGCUAAGCCAUUGGGAAUUGAACAAGUUGGUGGAGUGUUCGUUCUUUUAAUCAUCGGUUUUUUCUGGGCUUUUAUUGUCUCUGUAAUUGAGUUCUGUGUUCACAAUAAGGCCUGCACGAAAUCCCAGGGUGACCUCUUCGCAGAAAUGUGGAAGGAAUUGAAAUUUGCAAUGCGUUGUAUGACACCUUCAACAAGAGCCAAACCAACUAGUCCAGUGGUUCAUGAAUCGGUACCAACUUUGAGUCCUGUGGUGAUUGAUGGAUCAGCAGAAGAAGAACGAAUGGUUGAUCGUGAACACUUAGAUCCAAUAUCAGUACAGUCACAGAAUCUUCUCAAUGUUCCAAUCACCGACUCCAAUGAAGCACUUCUCAGUUCGAGUGGCGAUACAAAUUCAAGUGGAAGCAGUAGUAUGGGGGAAUCGUAUCCCCCGCCACCACCACCGCAACCCAAUUCGUCGACUACCUCACCAUGGUCACAUUUAAACCAAAAUCGAAGAAAGCCACCGUCAGAAGGUGGGAGUUGGUGGCGAAUCAGUCAAAGUGCUGUUUGA